AUACGCAUUCUCAUCGAAAGAGGAAGGUAGCGGUGCGGUGUUGCGUGGGCCCGCCAUGAUGACGGCUGUAUGCGGAGGUGGCGGAGGUGUCGCGUGCAGUCAAUCGAGAUCGUGUGUUCGUACGAGUGCGCAAUUGAGGGCGUGUUAUUACCGGACUCUGAUUUGAAGCUAUUCGGAACCUUGAAUAUCCGUUGUAGAGCUGUCACAAGGUGUUGCUACGAGCUGCACUGCGGAGCUCAUCGAUUAUCUCACCACUUCCAUCAUCGGCCCGUUUCAGCUCCAGCAGCCUUGGCGUCACGUACCUCGUCCCUCAAAGCUAUGCCACCAAGAUCUGACCUACAACGGACAGCAGCCUGAAGGCGCAGCAACGAAGAAAGCGCUGCCGCACCCCAGCAUCGCCUCCAUGAGUGAUACAUCGACAGUUGACAAAUUCCUGCGGCGCCAUGAACGAUGAGGCCGAGUCGUCUCGAGCUGCAUUGCGACGUGAUGAUGGCUCCCCUGAUCACAUCGACGACAUAGCAUAUGUCGACCCGGAAGAGGUUGAGCGUGAGCGCGCGAAAGACGCCAGAGAACGACGAUUAGAUGCCAAAAGGAAGCGCAUCCGCAUGUUGGGCGACCUUCUGCGCGAGUUGGAUCUGAUUGUGUACAUGGAGUUGCUCGCUCUCUACAACCUCGACUGCUCCUUCUUCUGGUUCGCAGUACGCGCGCUGGCGCAUGGCAGCUUGCUCACGCCUGUCUCGGACCCAACGAUGCAACGCCCACCUGACGAGCCCCGACCGUUCCUGCCGGUAGUAGCAGGACUGUUCACCGUGAGCUUCCUGCUACACAUGCUAUAUCCUGCGCCGAUGGCCGGCGAAGAUACAAGAGGCUACCUGCACGGCGGCUUGAUGAUAGAUUUCAUUGGGCAGCAGGGACCAACCAGCAAAUGGAAGCUCGGAGGGCUGGAUGUGUGCAUUUUGCUCCUACAGAUGAUCAUGGUGUCGGCGCACGUUAAGCGCCGCGAUCUGAAGAAACAGCUGGUGCAAAUAACCGCUGGCGAGGCCCCGUCAGGCAGCAGCGUCGACGCAGCCACGUCAGACGCUGUAAGCGACAGUACAACACCAGCAACAACAAGUGAAAACGCGGCCCGAAGGCAGGACGCCGACGAUGAGGAGCGCGGUGUCCUACGCCGGACCGACUCCUUGUCAGACCUGGGCGCCGAUCCCGAAGAGGAGGAUCCACUGCUGCGGUCCACGCAGGAGACCGGUCACGUUGAUGCGCUGGACGUUCUUACAUCGGGACAGUGCGUCAUCUUGUCUGCUGGCGUUGUUGGUACAAUGUUGCGCGAAAACGAGAAUUACCGAGUGUUCCGCCAUACGCGCACCGAGGGUAGCCUCAGCGGUGACAUGCCAGAGACACUACGCCGCUUAAAUACUCUGCGCGCUCGCUUUGGAGUUGGUGGGGGAUAAGGAAGAGCCAGU